GUAGGUUGGAUUUUCAAAAAUCUAACAAACUUUAUGAUUUUAUUAAUCCUAUUCUUUAUAAUUCCUUUAUAAAUCAAUAUUUAUAUAUGUAUACUAUAACUUCUUGACUUCUUGCUUCAGCCACAAUUUUAUAAAUGGCGGAAAAUGACGAAAAACCGAUUAUUAAAAUCAAUGGAUUUACUACAAUAAGUAACUUGAAAGAAAACCUCACGAUUAUCGAUAUAAGCCAUAAGAACAUCAGUGAUAUUGACGAGAACAUAAAAUUUCCCGAACAACUCUGUGAAAUAAACUUAUCGAAUAACAAACUUGAAUAUGUGCCACAACCUGUAAUGCAGCUAAAGUUUUUAAAACGAUUAGAUAUUUCUUCGAAUUGCAUUCAAUAUUUUGACGACACUCCAUAUUUUUGCCACGAGAUAGAAGAAUUAGAUAUAUCAAAUAAUAAACUGCUAAGUCCACCCUACUGGAUAUGGUCUGAAUCCCCCACGAAGUUACAAAAAAUUAACUUGAGCAAUAACAUUACUAUAACAAGUGCCUUACAAGAUACCUACUUCAAAGAGCUUCUACAGUAUAAAUGUCUAGUCAAAGAUGUCAUAAUUUAUAAUUGUAGACUAAGUAAAUAUAUAGAAAUAUUAAGUACAUUUUGUAAUGCUGAAAGUAUUGAAUUGGGUGCGAAAGACUUGAGUUAUAUGGCCGCUAAUGUUAUUGAAGAUGUACCAAGUUUAGGUUUAGAUAAAUGCUGUGAUAUAGAAAGGCUAAAUCUAUGCUUUACAUUUGUUUGCAACAUCUCACCUAAAAUAAACAUUUAUAAAAAUCUUAGGGAAAUUGAUCUGUCACAAAAUAAAAUAAGUGGUUUACCGAAAGAGUUUUGUCAAUUAGAAAACUUAGUGAUUUGUUUAUUAUCGUUUAACAGUAUACUGUAUUUGCCCACGGAGAUUGUUAAUUUAAAAAAGCUAGAAGUACUAUGUAUUAACAAUAAUGAACUCUGCAUGUUACCAGAAGAAAUCGGCAAUUUAGAAAAUCUUAAAAAACUAGACUUGUAUGAUAAUUUUUUAAAUGAUUUACCAGAUUUAGGAACUUUAGAAGAAAUAGAUUUAGCACAAAAUUAUUUUGAGGAGCCAGAUGAUGAGCUGUAUUUGGAAAAGAGGAAUAAAAUAAGGUUACAUAUUGAGAAUAGAUACAGUGGAAGGAAACCAGAGGUUACCCAUGAAGAGAGUGAUCACACUACAGACAAAACUGAUGAUGAAUUUUGUUCAUCGGGUGAUGAUGAGAAUAAUGAGCCUCAAGAGAGACCCUCAUCAAAUUUAUCUGAAGAUUGGGACUCGGAAGACUGGUGGCAACCCCACUAUACCCCAAAAUCCACAAUACCCCCACAGUCACAGUGGCUGACAUUUGUGAAAAGAAAGAUGGAGGAAGGACACUUUUGUCCAAGUGACUUGCAUACUGUAUCUAUAUCAGAAAGAGUGAAAUAUGAGAAAAUAUGUAAUCCUAGAAUAACUAGAGAGGUAAAUGGACAAUUUGAUGAUCUCUCUGACGAUGAGAGUUGAUAUAUAUGCACCUAUAGUACAUAUACAAACAGUUUGUUAUCAACAAUAUGAAAUAAAAAGUAUAGGAAAGAGUUUAAUAUACCUAAGCUUACUCCUUUUUCACAAGCAAUAAAUAUACCUCAUGUUGAAAAUGUUAAAUAUACAUGUAUUUUUUCUACACUGGUGUAGCAAUUGAAAAACAAAUUGACUCACACAGCACAUAAAUAAUUUGUUGGAUUAUUACAUAUUUUACUUGGUAUUUUGAAUUGUUAU